UCUUCCUCAAACUUCCGCAAACUCUUUUAGUCAUUCGGUCAGUAAUCAUGUCCAACAAUAACGCUAGCAGCAGUAGUGUGGCCGUGGCGACCAAAGCAGUCAAACAGCUCAGACUAGAGGCGAAAAUACGAAGAAUUAACGUUUCUCAAGCUGCCACAGACCUGAAGAACUUCUGCCUGCAAAAUGCCCAUAAAGACCCUCUUCUGAUGGGCGUCCCGUCCAGCGACAACCCCUUCCGUCCGCCCAAAUCCUGCGGGCUCCUCUGAGCGGAUCCUGCAGAGAGUCGACGAAGCUGUUUUUGAUGAUGCGUCUGUUUUCACCUUUACACUACUACAUAAAGACCCACACAAACACUACACAAAUGUAUUAUGUAUAAUAAUACUUUGAUUAUGCUGAACUUACACUGUAUGGCAUGGUACGGUCCGUUACUGUAUUUACGUUUCUGAAAAUGUAUCACCCAUAACACACUGCAAUUUCAUGUACUAAACACUAUUUUAUUUGUGAUGUGUAUAAAACAAAACCAGUUUGUUGAAGAUUGUAUGAAGGUUUCCCUGGUUUAUGUGGAAGGAAUUGAAGAAUUAGCUGACAUUAGCAGAUUUUUACUAUAGUUUUUACUAAUUUAUAGCCAGCAGACUUUGGCUUCAAGGUCAUUUUAAAGAAGCUUUGUGUCGAGAUUCAGUGUUGCACCGUUUCCCUGUAUCUGGCCCUUGUUGAACUGAUUAGGUGUGUUUGAUGAGGGAGAUCAUGAUCUACAUGAUCGCAAACUGAAUGAACAUGUUACGCUUAAAUCUUUUUGCCUUUAAAAUAAAGUGUUAUUGAUCAUU